AUGAGCCUGUUGGUGCAAUACUUUUUCGCGUACCGUGUAUACCAUCUUAACAACAUCACCAGUCAGCGAUCGCGCAAUCUGGAUACCGCUCGUUGUUUGUCUCCUGGGGUUGGCGCAGUUUGUGUAUACCGUUGUGGGAUACCGAAACCGUUACUUCACUACGUCGUUGAGGGUAAAGGCUUCCUCACGACUGUAUUCACAUUGAUUUGCUUCAUCACGUGGUAUAUGUUGGCGAGCACUCUCAUCUACGCUCCGUUCUACUUCAUUCUUGUCCGAUUGUACUCGUGUUCGCUGAUGUCGACACUCAAUACUAGAAACAACGUUAGGCAGGUGCUGGGCAAUAACUCUCACGAAUUGCUCAACAUCCGCUCCGCAAUCGGAGCAGCAUCCGGGGAAGGACUUUCGGGAAGGGUGUUCCAUGGCCCGACUGGGACGGCACACCGCCUGUUUGGCAGCAAACAGAGUACGGCGGAUACAGCAAGCAAGGCCUCUGCUACCGCUACCGUGAACUUGAAGAGCUACAUGCACGGUAGCUUCUCUUCGGAGAUCCCUGCAGCGUCACAUGGGUUCUCGAGUAUCGUCGGUGGUCAGACGUACAAACCUGCGAAGCCAAAUGAGUUUGACAUACAGUCGCAACUUGCUGUGACUGGCCGCUGGUUACCGUUACCCGCUAGUCCGUGGAUAAAGGUCUCGCGCCACACGCCUCAGCCACCUCGCGUCUCGCGACUGUCGCCUUCACACAACGCUCCAUGCCUCGCUCAGUACUCGUUCUAUGGCUACGACGACCUUGUUUUCGGAAUCUACGCGUCAAAAUCACCUCAGGGAAGGUCUCGGGAAGGCCAUAUCGACAUAUGUAUUUUAUACGAAAAGCUUGAGACAGUAUACACGACCCAGUUUGUCAACGGUCAUGCAGUUUGGCUCCAGGAUAUGGUACUCAGGCUGGUGGUGUCACAGCUGGACCUCCUGCAGAGCGCGGCGGGUCCGGGAGGUGGCGCUGGCGUUGGACACAAGGUCGUGUCAUUGAUGUUUCACAUAUCGAGGUUGAAAAUUGAGUGUUUCAACACUGAUGCAAACGACAUCCUCGGCUCGACCAAUUCUCUCCUAGCAUCCCAACACGCGAUGUAUAAGACCCGUGCGCCAGUCCUGCGGUCUGCGGGUGUUCGCCGACUCAUCUGGAGGUCUUGCGAGUCACUUACUGUCGAUAUGGCCUUCCCGAGACCUUCCCUGAGUACCAAACCACUACAUAUCUCUCUCUUUCCGUUGCAACGCCCAGUGGCGGCCGUUUCCACUGCCCGCGGUAUAUCCCUUCAGAAGGAGGCUACCAUGUCGAACGAGAUCUUCUGGGCGAACCUGCGACCGCCGCCUCCCCGAGGCCUGAAUGUGGAGGGCUGCCAGGAGAAGAGGAAGGAGGACGAGAUCUCGGACGGAAAGGAGGACACGGAGUCGCCCGACGGACUGCUCGGCGAGGCUAGCCCACUGUGUGGCGAGGCCGGACCACAGAUCGACAGAGAUACGAUGAACAAGACUGCCGCGCGUGUACACAGUGACAGCAGUGGGUGCUACGGAUACCACGUAAUUACCAGCAUGAUGGACGCGAGGACAAGGCGGGCUUGUGCCCUAACUCGUGGUGCAUUUGCAUGCAUGUCUCAACCUCCCGUCCCAUCAGUAUCCAGUGCCAAAGCACCAGCGUUGUCGCUGCCGCUCGCCCUCCGCAUCGCCCAGUUCCUAUAUAAGUGCCUGCGGACGUGGCGCUGGCCGUUGACGAUCAUGUUGACCGGCCAUAUGUACGUCGACAAAGAAGACAGUGUAGAUCCAAGAUUGAGGCCCGCCAUGACUUUCUUUUCUGUUAUUGUCACCUACGAGUAG